UGACGUCGGCUCGUUCACCUUCGACCACGUCUUCGACGACAGCGCGACCUCGCGCGACGUCUACGAACAGGCUUCGCGGCGCGUGAUCUCUUCGGUCCUGGACGGCUACCACGGGACCAUAUUUGCGUACGGCAUGACCGGCACCGGAAAGACGUACACGAUGCAAGGCGUGCCCUCGUCGCCGGGCCUGAUUCCGCUUGCGAUUGCUGAUAUCUUUGAUAAAGCCGGCUACGGCUCUGUGAUUUCGGUCUCGUACCUAGAGAUCUACAACGAGCGCGUGCGCGACCUGCUCAAUCCCUCGACUCCCUCUGACGCGCUCAAGCUGCAGGAGCAAGCCGACCUCGUGCGCGUGCGCGGCCUGCGCUGUAUCCGCGUCGACAGCGCGCCCGAGCUGCUCGAGCUGAUUGCGAAGGGCGACAGCGCGCGCAAGACCGAGGGAACAGAGUACAACGCGGUUUCGUCGCGGUCGCAUGCGGUCCUGCAGAUCUUCUUUGAGCGCGCGGAGAACAACGCAACCAGCGUGCUCAGUCUUUGCGAUCUUGCGGGUUCGGAGCGCGCGGCGUCGGAUGCGGAGCGGAGGAAAGAAGGUGCGUACAUCAAUCGCUCGCUGCUGGCGUUGGGAACCAUCAUCUCGCGACUGUCGUCAGCAUCUAGCAGUCAGCUUCCUACCAGCGACGGAUCCUCAUCGUCGACACACAUCCCGUACCGCGAUAGCAAGCUCACGCGGCUGCUGCAGCACUCGCUCUCCGGCCAAGCGCUCGUCAGUGUGAUUUGCACGAUUGACCCGCACGCGACCUCGAAGCAAUCCACGGGCGAGACUCUGAACACGCUGCGGUUCGCGGCGCGGGCAAAGAACAUCACAAUCACGCCUGCGCGCGCGCUGUCGGCGACGAACGCGGCGACCUCGGUGGCUACUACUGCGCUCAUCGAAAGUCUGCGACUCGACCUCGAGCGCGAGCGCGCCGAGACCGAGAUCGUCAAGGUUGAGUUGGCGGAUGUGCGCAAGGAGGCGUACGAGCGGGCGAUUCGCGAGCGCGAGAUGUGGGAGCGCGAGAAGCGGGAGUUGGAGUUGCAGCGGGAUGCGCUGAAGGAUAAGGUUGGUCAGCUUACGAGGAUGAUUCUUGCGAGCUCAUCGGACAAACGCAGCGCGAGUGCGUCUGCGAGGUCAGUUAGUGGGAGUACUGCUGCGUCUGUUGCUGCUUCUGCUGCUGCUCCAGCGAGCGAGAGUACACCCCGGACGACGAGAAAAAGUUUAGCGCCGACGGCGGCCGUCGCGUCGGGUGGGAAUGAGAAAGAAGGAGGAGAUAGAGGAGAGGACGAGAUCCAGAUAUUCCUGCCCAAGCAGCGGGUAUAGUCUCACACACGCACACACACAUAUUUACUUGCGAAUGCAUCAAAAACGGAGUUGGUAGUAUAUCUGUUAUUUCAUUUUCUAUUUUUUUUUUUUUCUUUCUUUCCUUUUUCUU